AAAGUUUGCCUUUGCCCGAGAAUCCCGACCAUUGACUCGAGCGGCGAGAUUAGACGGGCUGCAAUCACUUCCUUGUCCAACUGCAAUCUAUCGCGCGACGUACAUUUACCGACUACGCCCACACCAUGAAAUUGGACGAGCUCAAGCCGCUCGAGGCCCUUCUCACGGGGGAUUUUCGACAGAUCGAGCCGCACCUGCAGGCCCUCGACAAGCACUUGAUCCUCCGCACAUAUCUAGAUGGAUACACCCUUGGCGAGAUCGACACCAAGAUCUGGCAGGCGCUUCGCGGCAACCGUGCCGCCGUGCCAUUCAUCAGGCGUGGUAGCCUCGUCAAUCUGACCCGCUGGUUUCAGUUCAUCGAGGACAACCACCCCGAGAUUCAGGCCGACAUCAAAGCCAAGGAUGCCGCUGCAAGAGCAAAGAUUGCCGCCGCGAGUAAAGCUGGAGGAAACUACGCCCUGGCUCUGCAAAAUGCUGAUAAGGGCGUCGUGACGAGAUUUUUGCCCGAGCCCUCGGGAUAUCUGCACAUCGGGCAUGCCAAAGCUGCCCUUCUCAGCGACUACUUCGCUCACCAGGCUUAUAAUGGAAAGCUGCGCCUUCGUCUUGACGACACCAACCCUUCGAAGGAGAAGCAGGAGUACCAGGACGCGAUCAUUGAGGAUCUCGCCUUGAUGGGCAUCAAGCCCGAUUACGUCUCGUACACCUCGGAUUACUUCGACUACCUGUACGAGAUGUGCGUCCGGCUGAUCAAGGAGGGCCAUGCCUAUGCCGACGACACCGACCAGGAGACGAUGCGGGAAGAGCGGUUCAAGGGCAUUGCCUCGAAGCGGCGCGAUAGGUCCGUUGAGGAGAACUUGCGCAUCUUCGAGGAGAUGAAGAAAGGCUCUGAGGAAGGCGUGCGGCACUGUAUGCGUGCCAAGAUGUCGGUCGACAAUCCGAACAAGGCCUUAAGAGACCCUGUCAUUUACCGUUGCAACGUCGAGACGCCGCAUCACCGGACCGGGACCAAGUGGAAGAUGUACCCGACGUACGACUUUGCGUGCCCCAUCGUCGACAGCUAUGAGGGCGUGACCCACGCUCUGAGAUCUACCGAGUACACCGACCGCAACCCUCAGUACCAGUGGUUCUUGGACACCCUUAAGCUGCGCCAGGUCUACAUGUGGGACUUUGCACGGAUGAACUUCAUCCGGACCUUCCUUUCCAAGCGUAAGCUGGCCAAGCUCGUCGAGACUGGCAGGGUCUGGGGCUGGGACGACCCGCGCAUGCCGACGAUCCGUGGCGUCCGUAGGCGGGGUAUGACCAUCCCUGCGCUACGCGACUUCAUCAUCAAGCAGGGUCCCAGCAGGAACGUCGUCACCAUGGACUGGACCACCUUUUGGGCCAGCAACAAGAAGGAGAUCGACCCAGUCGCUCCUCGCCAUACCGCCGUCCUCCAGAAGGACGCGGUCAAGGUGACGGUCACCGGCGCCGAGGCUCCGGCGGAGCCCUUCUCGGCCGAUCGGCCUAAACACCCCAAGAACAAGGACGUCGGGACCAAGAAGGUUUUCUUCAGUUCCGAGCUCCUGCUCGACCAAGCCGAUGCGAAGAGCUUCAAGGAGGGCGAGGAGAUCACGCUUAUGUCCUGGGGCAAUGCGUUCGUCCGCCAGAUUGCCGGCGGCGACCCCAUUCCCAGCCUCACCUGUGAGCUGAACCUGCAGGGCGAUGUCAAGAAGACCGAGAAGAAGGUCACCUGGCUUGCUGCUCAGGGUCAGAAAUUGGUGCCUGCUGAGCUGUGGGACUUUGACUACCUCAUCACCAAAGACAUCCUGCAGGAGGAAGACAACAUGGAGGACUUUUUGACGCCCGUGACUGAGACGAUGGAGGACGCGUGGUGCGACGAGGCGGCGGCUCAGCUCAAGAAGGAUGACAUCAUUCAGCUCGAGAGGCGCGGCUACUAUCGCGUCGACAAGGGGCUGAACGAUUGGAAGGAUGGCGAGGAGGGUCCCAAGGGCAAGAGGCUGGUACUCUUCUGCAUCCCGACAGGCAAGACGGGGCCGAAAUAGACUACCCGAAGCAUAGACCAGUCGUGACUAGUCAUGGUCAAAGAUAAAAAGCUAUUGGGCACUCUGUCAUGCUCGUCUUGGACCAAUAGCACGAUCGAAUACGAACACGUUGGUUGAUGAUAUUUCGUGGCUCUAUAAGAACACGACAAGGUGAGCAAUCCCGAUGUUCGGUGGUUAGCUAUUGGUCCAACACGCCCUUGCUUUGCUCUGCUUUGCCCACCCUUACUCUUAUUUUUUU